CCUUCCAACAUCUAAUCACUGGACGAGGUUUAAGUUAAACCCAUUUCCCCGUCGCACAGGCCCCCUCCUCCCUCUGCAUCUCUCUCUCUUUCCCCUCCGCCACCACCACGAAGCCAGAGAACAAGUCGUCGCCGGAAUCACUAACCUCCUCUCUGAGCUCUCAAAACUUUCUAUUCCAACGCCACUGCCAAACAACUUCUCUCUUCUCUGUUAGUCCCGAUGCGCAGCUCUCUUUCUCUUUCUCUCUAACCUUUGAGUUAGUGGCUCCAUGGCAUACGAUGGAGGCAAACUCAAGUCGACCUCCAUCAAUGGUGUCAAGAUGUACAGCGUUGCUUCCCAACAACGUUCUCUCGCCACCUGGCUUGACCCUAAGAAGCGUCGAGCUCUUCGCAAAGACCAAAAUUAUAUGCAAAGGGUGGACUUGAUCCAGGACUUGAGAUUUGAAACUGCAACUACUAAAAUCAAGGCAACUCCUGAUGGGGAGUUCCUAAUUGCAGCAGGUAUUUACCCACCACAAGUCAAAGUAUAUGAGCUGAGGGAACUUUCACUCAAGUUUGAAAGGCAUUUGGAUUCAGAGAUAAUUGAUUUUGAGGUUUUGGCUGAUGAUUAUUCAAAGCUUGCGUUUUUAUGUGCUGAUCGCUCUGUUUAUCUACAUGCAAAAUAUGGAAAACAUUACAGUGUGCGAAUUCCAAGAAUGGGAAGGGACAUUGUGUAUGAUUGCUGGUCUUGUGACUUGCUUUGUGCUGCCUCUUCCCCAGAAUUGUACAGGAUUAAUCUGGAACAGGGGCGGUUUCUCUCUUCCCUGAGCACACAAUCAACGGCACUAAAUGUAGUUUCUCGGAGCAAGCUUCAUGGUCUAGUUGCUUGUGGUGGUGAGGAUGGUGCUGUGGAGUGUUUUGACUUGAGGAUAAAAUCUUCGGUUGGUAGGAUUAAUGCUGUCGCACCUGCUGGUGACAUUGACCAGGAGGUCACUGCAUUGGAGUUUGAUGAAAAAACAGGUUUUUUAAUGGCUGUUGGAAGCAGUGCAGGGAAGGUACUCGUCUAUGACUUGCGUUCGUCGCAUCCUAUACAGGUUAAGGAUCACAUGUAUGGCAGCCCGAUAUUAGACAUUAAGUGGCAUCAAACUCUUAAUUCUGAGGCGCCAAAAUUAAUGACCACUGAUAAUCACAUUGUUAGAAUAUGGGACCCUGACACAGGUGAAGGCAUGACCAGCAUUGAGCCAACGGCUGGAACAAUUAAUGAUAUAUGUGCAUUUCCUAGGAGUGGAUUGAUGUUGCUGGCUCUAGACUGCAGUCAGAUUCCAUCUUAUUUUAUUCCUGAACUUGGACCUGCACCCAGUUGGUGUUCUUACCUGCAAAACCUUACUGAAGAGCUAGAGGAGGGUGGACAGACGACCAUCUAUGAUGAUUUCAAAUUUUUGACAAAAGAAGACCUUGAGAGGUUGAAGUUGACUGGUCUCAUCGGAACCAAUCUCCUCAGAGCUUACAUGCAUGGGUUUUUUAUUGAUUAUCGGUUGUAUAAAAAGGCAAAAGCUUUGGCAGAGCCUUUUGAUUAUGCUGAAUACAGAGAACAACGGAAACGAGAGAUGCUAGAGAAAGAACUUGCAGGAGAGCGAAUUACGAUUAAGAGGAAAUUGCCCAAGGUCAAUCGAACUCUUGCAAAGAGUAUUCUUGAUAAUGAAGAUGCAGAGAAUGAAAUUAAAGAUGCUGAUAGCAAUGAGACUAAGAAGCCACCAAAGAAAAAGAAGGCACUUGGUAGUGAAAUUCUCAAAGAUGAGCGAUUCGGAAAUAUGUUUGAAAAUAAGGUAUGAAAAUCUGAACCUUUGGCUCCUGUAAGAGAAGGGUGACAAUUUAACCCAAAAAUAUGUUCACGUAGUUCACCAUACUUUUCUAUAAAUUUUUAAUCCAAAAAAAUAAAAAUAAACAUAAUAAUUAUUCAUCCCUCUCCUCCCCUACCCCUUCCACCUCCUUUGCCUCCCUUUCCUACCCUCUGUCUCCUUCUCCUGGUAAUGGCCAGUCAUCUCCAUUCCACACCUAUCCUUGUUCCCAGGACUUUCAUGUUCUUGUGUUUUUUCAGAAGAUUCCAAGGGUCUUGAAACUGUUAAGUGACAUUGAUGGAACCUUUCAUCCUUUCUGGUUGUUGAAUGGGUCACCCAUCAGUGGACUGAUUCAUUUCUGUUCUUACCUUGCCAUGUGUUCUUCCCAUCCCUUCCAAUGUUUUCAAUGGCAAUGGUGGAUGUGUGCCAUUUUGUUACCUCACAAGCCGAGUAAACCUCAAGUCAUUGAUGCGUAACCCGUUUGACACUUGAAUUAUUGUGGAAUAUAUUUAACAAAUAUAAUAUAAGCAUACUACUGCUCAAGUGCGGACUGUGCAAAAAUGCAUUGGCUGACUUGCUGGUCAAUUGGCAACCAACCACAUUUUUUGUGAGGAUA